AUGGCAGCAACAGAACAGCCCACGGGCCAAGAGUUGCCCGAGGGAUACCAGCACGUCAAGAAUGAUCAGGACCAUCAUGGAAGUGGACCUCAAAUCAUUAGGACCAGUGCCGAACUCGAAGUCCUCUGCGGUCCCCUCCUAAACUACCAGCGCCUGGCCGAAGAAGACUCCGGAGUUGUCUGGUACGGCUCCGUCCUCCUUGUCACGAAGCCUGGCCAGAAGCUUCCUCACCUCACAUUGAAGCCACUGGGCGCGCUCGAUGGCGUCACAAAAGUCAAAAGCCAUUCUACACAAGAGACCGAGGGAUUGAAGCUCUAUUCGGAUCCAGACAAGGCGUUCUGGCGUUUCUCUCUCAGAGUUCCUCUGGUCGAGGCCGAGGCAAAAUGGCAAUACACAUUUGACAACAUACUGUUUCUGGCGGACGUGAAAAAUAAAGACCCCUCGAGGGAAUUUGUCGUUCCAGCGGCCUCUGAGUCAUUCCGAAUCAUGUUCCACUCUUGCAAUGGCUUUUCUGUGGGCACAGAUGAGGAAUACUGGAAUGGUCCUGCACUGUGGAAUGACGUUCUGCGAACCCACCAAGCCCGGCCUUUCCAUGUCAUGAUUGGUGGUGGAGAUCAAAUCUAUAAUGAUAAUAUUCGCGUCCGGGGUCCCUUGAAGGAUUGGACUGCGAUCAAGAAUCCAAGAAAGCGUCAACAUUUCCCUUUUGACAACGAUAUGCGCAGCCGUUGUGACAAGUUCUACUUUGAGAAUUACAUCCGAUGGUACAGCACCGAGCCCUUUGCGAGUGCCAACGCAAGCAUCGCGCAGAUUAACAUUUGGGAUGAUCACGAUAUCAUUGACGGUUUCGGCUCAUACACCGAUCAUUUCAUGAAAUGCGCCGUCUUCCGAGGCAUUGGUGGUGUCAGUUUCAAAUAUUAUUGCCUCUUCCAGCAUCACACCGCUCCUCCUUUGUCCACCUUCACCACUGAUGCACCCGCAACCAUGGGAGCUGAUGCGAAUGGCACUGCUGGAGCCGAUCCUCGGCAGUUGAAGGAUACAUUCGUUUAUAAGAGAACAGCAGACGAUCCCAGCUGGAUUGUAGGCAGACGUCCCGGUCCAUAUGUCGAAGAACGAUCUAGAAACCUUUACAUGCGUUUAGGAAAGCGUAUAGCUUUCUGUGGAAUCGAUGCUAGAACCGAGCGGACCCGAAAACAAGUCAAUUAUCCCGAUACAUAUGAUCAAAUUUUCCAUCGGUUGCGCACCGAAUUCAAGGCGGCGCAUGGAGAGAUCAAACAUCUCAUCCUACUCUUGGGCGUUCCCAUCGCAUAUCCUCGUUUAGCAUGGCUUGAAAAUAUUCUAUCCUCGCCAUUCAUCGCACCAAUCCGGCUCCUGAAUAAACGGUUCGGUUUCGCCGGAGGCUUCUUCAAUCAAUUCGACGGCUCUGUUGAUCUUUUGGACGACUUGGACGACCAUUACACAGCUAAGCACCACAAGGAUGAACGAAGAGACUUGAUUGUUCGACUUCAACGCCUGGCUGCCGAAUUUUCCAUCCGUGUCACUAUCUUGGGUGGUGACGUUCAUUUGGCGGCCUUGGGGCGAUUCUAUUCGGCCCCUGCUGACAAUAUGGAUCCCCUUGAAGAUCCACGCUACAUGGCCAAUAUCGUAUCAUCGGCCAUUACUAACAAACCACCUCCAAAAGCAGUCGCGAACCUUCUCGCUCGACGAAACAAAAUCCACCAUCUUAGAGACGGCAAUACAGAUGAGACUCUUUUGAGCAUGUUUAACGAGCAACCUGGAGGACAAAUGAAGAGCGCCGAUUUCAAUCUUGUCACUAUGCCGAGCCGAAAUUACGCAUGUAUAACAGAAAUUCCAGACGGUAGACCUGACGACAUUGAUCACCCACCGAACGGAGUUAACGGUGAUGCAGUGAUAAACACAACAGGAGAAACGGAUAAAGAUCGACCCAAGGCAAGAGGUCCUGAUGGACACAGCGCUCUCCAUAUUGGUGAAGAAGGCGCUGGCACAAAGCACCCAGCUGCCGAUGGAAUUAGCAGCAAUGGUCCUCUGAAAGGUGGAUUGAACGUUUCCAUCAAGGUCGAAAUCAACAAUAGUGAUCCUACGGGCCAGACACAAGGCUACGGCAUGAGCAUACCAAAGCUCACUGUCCACCCAAAAACCGGGAAUGCCACGCACCAAGCUGCCGGCCCCCAAAUACCAUCGAUGGAACCUUCGGCAUAA